AUGAGUCUGCGUGAUCCUGGGAAAGCACCCGAUGGGUCGAAUAUCGCGCUGUUGGAUACCGCCGGGUAUGCAUCCGAUUGCAAUUUUUCCGCCCUGAUUCCCCAGCAUGCGAUGAAGCCGUACCGUUUGCUCGCCACGAUGGAGUUGAUUCAGGCCCUUGACAUUACAGCCCAUUGUCGAACGGUGGUCCCGCCGUUGGUAAAGCCGGGGGUGUUGGCCCAAUACCACGCCGAGGGCUAUUUAGCGAAUUUGGGACUGCACAACUGCGGGAGUUGGCGGUGGGGCCCGGAAAGCUCCAAGGCGGUUUUCUCCGGCGAUUGCCCCCCUGCGGAGGGGUUGGUGGAGCACGCCUUGGCGAUCGCGAGCGGGACGCUGAUGGGGGCAGUUCUUCUUAAUAGUGGACAGGUCAACGUGGCGAUGCAUUGGGGAGGAGGCAUGCAUCACGCCAAGUGCGGUGAAUGCUCGGGAUUUUGUUAUGUGAAUGAUAUCGUGCUAGGGAUUUUGGAGUUGCUGAGGUGUUAUCCGCGGGUGCUGUAUAUCGACCUGGAUAUGCAUCAUGGGGAUGGUGUGGAUGAGGCUUUUUGUCAGAGUGAUCGCGUGUUUACGUUGUCUUUGCACAAAUUUGGGGAUAGCUUUUUCCCAGGCACUGGUCAUCCUCGAGAUUGCGGGUACGGCCGCGGCCGUUUUUACACUAUGAAUCUUGCCUUGUGGGAUGGCAUCAAUGAUUUUUAUUACAUUUCCAUCUUUAAGUACGCACUGCAUCGUAUUGUUUCACAGUAUCAUCCAAAUGUAAUAGUACUUCAAUGUGGCGCCGAUUCUUUAGCAGGGGAUCGAUUAGGUCUUUUCAAUCUCUCAUCAUGGGGACAUGGAGAGUGCGUGCGGGAGGUGAAGAGCCUGGGUCUCCCACUUCUUGCGCUUGGUGGAGGUGGAUAUACAAUUCGAAACGUCGCGAAAUUGUGGGCCUACGAGACAAGCAUAUUGUGCGGCUUUCCCAUUCCCGUUCAUACCACCAUACCUUUUAAGGAGAUGCCGUGCACGGGGUGGCUUUUCGAGGACAGCCCCUUUCUCCUUGUUCCAAGGGAUGAAAGUCAUCGUGUGCCUCCUGUAUACCAUCCUCAGGAGGCGUAUCAAAUUAUUUUAGAUCAGAUCAACCGCGGCGUGUCAAAGAUUGGAGUUGGUUCUCUACAGAAUCAUUUAGCAUCUGUUGUAAAGCAUGAAGAGGAUGAAAGGGAAUGCUCCAUUAGGAACGAUACCAGACACGAUUAG